CCCGCGCGGUACAGCUGGGCCGGUGACGCGCGUACUGCUGCCGUUGCCUCUGCUACGGCCGCCGCGUUCCAUUCUCCUAAGUCGGCGACAUCCUCGUCCCCUGCCUCCCGCCUCCUCCUCCCGCAGCGCCGGCCAGCGCCAGCCAGACAAGGGCACUCGGGGUCUCGCCUAGACCCAAGAGGGCUGCGGGCGCGCGCAGGCGGCGGAGCGGAUCCCGGCGCCGCGGACGCUGCGAGCGUCCGCCUCCCGGAGGUCGCCGCGCCGUUCCCCGGGUGAAUCUACCCAGGGCUGACUUCAGUGUUCUUACUUCUGGCUUUAAAAUUUUUUCUUUUUAAAAUAACUUGGACGGAUGAAAGAUGUGCCAUGGCAGGAUAGCACCAAAGAGCACCUCAUUGCUUGCCGUGGCCUCCGUGGGACAUGGAGUGUUCCUUCUGCUGCUGAUUCUUAGCACCCUCCUUGGAGACGGACUCGCCUCAGUGUGUUCCCUGCCCCCGGAGCCAGAGAAUGGUGGCUACAUCUGCCACCCCCGGCCCUGUAGAGACCCCCUGAACUCGGGCAGCGUCAUCGAGUACCUGUGUGCUGAAGGCUACAUGUUGAAGGGUGAUUACAAAUACCUGACGUGUAAGAAUGGCGAGUGGAAGCCAGCCAUGGAGAUCAGCUGCCAUCUCAACGAGGACAAAGACGCCCACACGUCGCUCGGGGUCCCCACGCUGUCCAUCGUGGCGUCCACUGCCAGCUCCGUGGCGCUCAUUCUCCUCCUCGUGGUGCUGUUUGUGCUGCUGCAGCCAAAGCUGAAGUCUUUCCAUCACAGCAGGCGUGACCAGGGGGUGUCUGGGGACCAGGUCUCCAUCAUGGUGGAUGGAGUCCAGGUUGCGCUGCCGUCGUAUGAGGAGGCUGUGUACGGCAGUUCCGGUCACUGCGUGCCGCCCGCUGACCCCAGAGUGCAGAUCGUGCUGUCAGAAGGGUCUGGGCCCGGCGGGAGGAGCGGGCCAAGGGAGCAGCAGCUGCAGGACCAGGGGGCCUGCUCCUCGGCAGGCGGAGAGGAGGCGGCCCCGGGCCAGUCUGGACUGUGUGAGGCCCGGGGCUCUCGGGGCUCGGAGACUGUGAUGGUGCAUCAGGCAGCCCCCCCUUCCUGGGUGGCCGGCUCAGGGAACAGCCGCGUGGCACACAAAGAAGCCCCGGAUUCAGAGAACAGUGACAUACAAAGCCUCACGUCGGAGGACUACACAGAUGAUAUCCCGCUGUUGAAAGAAGCAUGAGGGCUGCCGCUGGCUUCUCUCCUCUGUGCCCUUCCUCCCUCUCCCUGUGGGUUUGAGCACCGCGUACUCCAGCUGCCCUGCCCGGAUACCUGAGCUGCCACCUGUGUAUCUGUGUAUCUCUGUAUCUCUGAGGGCCUGCAGGCCCACCUUGGCUGGAAACUCAAGGAAGAUUCUCACCAUCUGCCUGCUGGACAGCUGGAGGAGCUGGAUUUUUGCCUGGCCCAGCCUUCCCGUCUGUGUCGGGGACAUCGUUGAAUGUGCUGGAUUGAACCCUUUCUUUGCCUGAGCCCUCCAGGUCCGCUCCAGCGAGCGAGCGCUUGGGCGGCAGCCCCCGUGGGCCCGAGAGCGCUGCGUUUACUUGUGCCUUCCUCCCGCCCGUCCAGUGUCCCUGUCAUGCGGGCUUGUUGCUGUCCUGCAAGCCUUCGUGGUGGCACUCUGCCACACAAGGGGCCGGACCUGGGUCUGGCCUGUUUCCUUUGGGGGCUGGCACCGCUGCCCUUAGCAGGAGCAGAUCUGAGAGUGGCUCGAAUUGGGGCAAGAGUGUGGCUCCCUUGGCUUACCCUUGGUUGACACUGGUGGCGCAUUGCUUGGCUGAGCGGGGAGGCUGUGUAAAGUCAUGCCAGAGCCAUCCCAGCGCCCAGCUCUGUAGCUCAGAGGUGCCGGCGCCUGGCCCUGUUGAGUUUCCAAGAAGCAUCCAGAAGAUCCCAAGGGAGGGGAGGACGGUGGCUGAUAAUGAUCGUCUUCCGCAUAUGCAAGUUCUCACUUCCUACUUCCAGCAUCUGGCCUUCCUGGCCUCGGUCUUGUCUCUUUCCCUGGAGCGUAGAGGGGAGUUGCAUGAUGCGGCCUCCUGGGUUUGAUCCUGCGCAGCUCCGGCUUCCUUGCUGGCCGAGGCCUGAGGCGAAUCAUCCAUGGGACGGGAGUGUUGCUGAGAUGCCAUGGGAUGCCCAUCUGGUCACUGGCAGUUGGGGCCAGUUGCCCUGUUCUGGGUUCGUGGUGAGGGAAGGGGGCCUGAGAGGCGCCGACCGUGUCCCCAGGCAGCUGCAGGCAGCUCCGCCCCGGUCCUGAGGGUCCUCCUCACCACAGUCACGUGCCUUAGUAACUGUGCCCAGGAAGCAUCCUGCUGCUUGCCUCGCUGCUGCUUUUCCUCGUUCCGCCCUCCCCUGCCGCCCCUCCACUCGUCACAGCUGGCAGACGACUCCCUGGUCUUCCCGGCACCGGGAGGGCCCAAGACACAGUCGGCACACCCCCCCAGCUUGGUGGUGGAGAUGGUUUGGAAGCAGCCUGGCCCCGGGGCCCUGCUGGGGCCGCUCCCUCGGCCGAGUGUCCGAUGCUGACAGGGCUGCUGCCUCUUCAGGAGAUGUGGCACUAAGGAGCGCGUGUUAUUGUUUUGUUUCUGAAGCACCGCGCCUCCGCUCCUUCCCCCAGCCUGUUUGGGGUGGUGAAAAUAAUAGAGCCCGAUGUGUUUUCAGUUCCUGACCUAACAGGGUAGCUCCGGGGUGGCUGCGGGUGCCCUCCAAGAGGAGAGGAACGAAUGGCCCGCCCUCAGCCUCCCGCCUCCACUCUCACAUGCGCACUUUACUCCCCGCUCUCGCUCUGCCGGGGGCUCGCCGCCCCUGUGGUCUUCCCUCGGCUCAGGUGAGGGCAGUGCCUGCCUGCGUUGGCCUCCUCCCCGCGGGAGCCCUCGCGUGCUGUGCCCUCAGCCCGGGCCCGCGAGCCGGAGGGAGACGGAACGGAGCAGGGCUGUCCUCGGCCUCAGAAGAGGCCAUUUUUGGAGACGUGCCUGCUAGCCGUUGCUGGCACGGGGCCCAUCUGGAGGGCAGGGUCCCCGACCCCGCCGCUUCACCCUGCACAGGUUCUGUUCCACACACCGGCUGCCCUUGUCUUCCUCCAAAAGAGAGCAUGGACCAGUGGGAGCCGGGGGGAGGCAUCCAAAAAGUCUCAUUGCCGAGCCUGCAGCUUUCGUUUCCCAAUCUUCCAACACCUGAAUUCUAGUCUGGAAUCUUUCUUUAAAUGGAAGCUCUUACCUUUUUUUAUAUAAUUACUCUGGGUUUUUCACCCAAGAGAUUGCACUUUUUGUUUGCGUUAUAUUCAGCCACAGAGGUGACCUACUUGGCCCUUGAAAAAAGAAAAGCCUGCCUUCUGAACCCUUCUUCCACUUUGCCCGCCCGCCGUGGGGAUCACAAGCCCAGACUUGCCACCCGGUAGGGAAGAGAGAAAAGUCAGGAACCUCCCCUCCACAUCCCCCAUGUCACUGGCUUUGCUGGGGCCUCCUGGAGUCCCCUGGCCUGUGGGUGCAGAGGCAGCCUCUCAUUGCUGCUGACACCCAUGACGGCUUGCCGCAGUGAGUUCUCUGCUCCCACAUCAGCCAUGCGCUGCUGUUUCUAGAGCUUCUGGCCUUUGUCCCUUGUGAAGGAUCAGGGCCCCCCACAGCUGCCCUGGAGUGGGGCCUGGCUGAGAGACAAGGUGGUGCUGGGGGCCGCCAGAGGGGCCUGGAGCAGGUGGGGAAAACUGCCCAUGGUCUGACUUCCCGGGCUCCCCUCCAGGGGAGUCCAGCAGAGGACUUGCCCAGGAGAACGGUUGGCACCAAAGGACUUUUAAAAAGGGGUGUUUUGUUUUGUUUGUUUUUGCGUACAUGAGCUGACUCAGUGCAGGUUUUAUAUCCUGGCAACCUGCAGUCACAUUCCAGUGACUUUCAAGGGCCAGUAUAUGGUGAAAAUUACUAAAAAUUUCCAUCCCUUUCAAUGCCUUAGUUCAGCACGUAGGCUCUAUCUUUUGCCAUUUUUGAGUUUUGUGUGCUAUGCUCCCACUUCACUGGGUAUGAACCGUGAAAUGGGCCGAGUCCUGGCCACUUUCUGAGUUCUUUUGGUUUUAUAAGGUAUUUCAAUGUACAUCCUACUAACACUCCAUUUGCAAACAGAACUCAUGUUGUCAUCCCCAUUCUUCCUGCCCUCCUCCUCUCCCCCUCCCCCAGCUUUAAAGCUCUGUGGAGAAGCUGGAUGGCAAGACAGACAAAGGUACACUUUUCCUGCUAAGUUAGUGGUGGCACAGGAAUCCUAGCACUUGGCCUUUUCCCUCCCCAUCCCAGAGGAGCUCAAACCACUUGCUUUCUACAUAACAAUGUCACUUCCAUUCCCAGGGAACAUCUUUACAUAGAGAAUGGAAAAUGCUGCAAAUAUUUCUAGAUCCAUGCCUGUUCCCCUCCUCCCCCCAACCCCCACCUUGAGAAUAACGGGCCCAGGAAGGAAGGGACACAGGCUUGACAGCUUAAUUCCAGAUGUGCUUGCUGAGGAUAGAGGCUGGGAGCGUCUCUCGUGGAGCCUGCUAGGGCUCCUGGCUCUCAGCAUAGGGCCUGUCAUUACUGGUGUCCGGUGAGGGGCUCCGAGAGGAUUUUGUUUGACAGAUGUGUGCACCGAGUGGUAGAGUAGCCAGUUCCCCGGAGAGGGAAAGGCAGGCUCAGCUUUCCUGGGAAGCGACUCCUCUUAACCGCCAGUUGAAAAUCUAGUAGAAUUUUGAAUGAGAACCCCAAGGCUGAGCCCUCUGCUAGGGCUAGGAAGAUGCAGGGGCAAAGCACUAGGAAGAUGCAGGGGCAAAGCACUCAGAUCGCCAAGCAGGGAGGAGAGAGGGACGAGGAGGGUUGCCUGGCAGCCCACCACACCCUGCCCAGGCUUCUCAUCACACCACUAUGGAAUCUCUGCAAUGGUUUCACAUGACCCGCGCAUCAUUGACUGUGCAGGAUGUCAAUCAGUUUGGGUUUGCUUUAUUUUAUUUUAUAUAUAUAUUUUUUGGUAUCCUGUACAUUGCAGUGGGUGUGAAGAUAGUAUUUUAAUAUUUGUACAAAGUUUAAUUUAAUUUUAAUUGUUCUAUGUAUAUAACUGCAUUUCUAAAUAAUAAUA